UCUCCGUCUCCGUCUCCUCCUCCUCCUCCUCCUCCUCGAUGGCGCGGGGCUGAGCGCCCUGUCCGCCCAUGGAAGCCACCCCGGCGGUGGCCCCUGAGGGAGCGUCGGGCGACGACGAGGAGGAGACCCCGCCGCCGCCGCCGCUGCCUCCGGUCAUCUACACCAUGGAGAACAAGCCCAUCGUCACCUGUGCUGGUGAUCAGAAUCUCUUCAGUUCUUUGUAUCCCAUACUUUCCCAGCAGCUCCCAAGAGAGCCCAUGGAAUGGAGGAGGUCUUAUGGGCGUGCUCCUAAGAUGAUUCAUCUAGAAUCCAACUUUGUACAGUUUAAAGAAGAGCUACUACCUAAAGAAGGAAACAAAGCUCUUCUGACAUUUCCUUUUCUUCACAUAUAUUGGACAGAAUGUUGUGACACUGAAGUAUACAAAGCUACAGUAAAAGAUGACAUCACCAAGUGGCAGAAUGUUCUGAAAGUUCACAGCUCUAUGGACUGGUUAAUUGUUGUGGUAGAAUGUGAUGCCAAGAAAAAAAACAAAACUAAUAUUCUUCCACGAACGUCUAUAGUAGAUAAAAUAAGAAAUGACUUCUGCAACAAACAAAGUGACAGAUGUGUGGUACUGUCUGACCCUUUAAAAGACUCAUCCCGUUCUCAGGAGUCCUGGAAUGCCUUCUUGACAAAACUCAGGACGUUGCUUCUCAUGUCUUUUACCAAAAAUCUAGGUAAAUUUGAGGAUGAUAUGCGAACUUUGAGGGAGAAGAGGACAGAACCAGGAUGGAGUUUUUGUGAAUAUUUUAUGGUUCAGGUAUGGUGAAGCAGGAUGUGAAAACACAACUUUAAAAUAAAUCAAGCUAGAAAAACCCUUGGUAUUUGUAGAUUCACAUGUUUUAAAUUAUAUCCCUGCAACAUAGCAUUUAACCAAUGGUCGACAUGGAUGAAUCCUGCAAUUUAAAAAAAAAUUGCUAAAAGACAUAAACCCCACGGAUGGAAAGAUAAACAUUUCCCAUUGUUGUUCAGUGGUCACAAGAUCUGCACAAACAUGUAUUUUAUAGACAUCAGCUUCAAAAAUACGUUUUUGGAAAUAUGGUCAGCUUAUCUUUAUUAUUAUGUUUAUGCCUAGUCCACAUUCCUACCUCAUAUACUGCCCCUCACUUUUGUAUUUUUUUUCUUCCUUUGCUUUUUUAAAAUAUGUUUUAUUCAUAAAAUUUACAAAUGCAUAAACAUGGACUAACCAAAAUGACAGGAAUAACAAACAAACAAAUUCACAAUAUAUAACAAACAUAUAUAUAACAUAUAAAAACAUAUAACGAACAUAGUUACCAACAUCAGAAGAUUCUUCUAAGAUACAUUUUAUCAUUUUCUGUCCAUGUACCGUAUUUCCUAUCUUUGUUAUUUCAUCUUUAUUACUAUAAUUUUCCUGAAUCUUUAGGUUCUUAGUUUGCUGGUAAUCAUAGAUUCUGUAUAUUAAUAUUGGUUUGACUGUGGUAAUACAGUGGACCCUUGUUAUACGCUGGGGUUUGGUUCCAAGAUCUCCCGUGUAUAACAAAAUCCGU